AUUUCAUCAAGAUCUUUUGCGCGCUUUGUUUUGAAGAUGGUAAAGAAAAAAAAUGCUGAAAACUUUCAUGCCGUUUGACGGUGUGUCGCCCGCGCCCGUUUGUGACUUUUUAAAAAAAAUUGUUUACAUCGAUGUGGGGGCGGACAGGAUACGAGGGAAGAGGGAAAGAGGACGAAAAGACAAAAUGCCAUGGCAAAGGCAACAACACGGGCUAGACAUGGGGGGCCACCAUUACUCAAACCAAACUGUAUGUAUGGUGCGAUUUGAUUGGAUGCCUUGGAAAGCUAAAGCGCGAUAUUUUGAAGUGUCAGAAAUGCGACUAAAUCCGCCAAGGGGGAGAUGAGAGUAAGCGAAUCGGACACUUGGCUUGCGAAGAUGGGUACACUGGUACAUCUUAAGGAGAAGAUGACCCCUAUUGAUUUUGAGGUCACAUGGUCAAUGGUUGAACUGGACAUAGUACUAUAUUGUCUCCUAUAUUUUAAGAAUUAUUUGCUUGAUAAUGACACCAAACUUGGUACACUGGUACAGCAUAAGGAGUAGAUGACCCCUGUUAAUUGUUAAUUUUUAGGUCACAUGGUCAAUCCACUCUUGACAUAGGAAGAUAUUGUCUGCUCAAUAUUUUGAAUUGAUAAUACUACUAUCAAUUAAAUGAUGUGUGUGUAUAACCCUUUUCAAUUUUGCACUAUGGGGCGCAUAUGUAUUUUACAAACAUCUUUUGUCAUUCUUAAAAGAAUUCAUUUUUUUAAAAAGUACUACAAAUAUAAGCUUUUUCAAAUUAUAAGUCUUUGGGGCAGGAUGAACCACAGGUGACAAAAUGAUGAAAGCAUUUGUAAAGAGAAGCAGUUUUAAGUUUGUUCUUACGACCUGCAGGGAUUCAAGGUCUCGAGGGUCAUGCAAUUUACAGAUAAGCUUCUUUCUUAACAACACAUGGUACAUUUAUGAAAUUGCAAGUAGUGUACAAGUACUUAUUUGUAGAACCAAGAUUGUUGAUCUCACAACUCCCUGACGAGAAUAUUCUUCGUGGUCCUGGGUAGAGAAAUGUGUAUUGUACAAAAGAGCCUGCUGAGCAGCCUGUUGGAGUGGGGUGGUUGAAUGUUGUACAAAAGACCGAUGUCUUGUCGGGAAUGCAGACUGUUUUGACAGAUGGUGCUCGGUGCCUGGCCGGUGCUGCUGGUGUGACUUCAGGUCAAUUCCUCCCAGCACCUGCAGCUUACCACUCAACCAAAACAGGCCAACAAAGUUCUCCCCAAAUUCUCAGGAUUCACUGGCUUUAACUAGGGGAGGACUUGGUGGAAUAUGGUGCGAGCUGAUUGGCUGAUUGUGUGGGGUUGGCCGAUCUCCUGAUAUUGUGAGGUGGACAGCAAAAGCAGACUUGUGGUACGAGGAUAUACACAGUCACAGGUGAGAUUGGGGUUGGUGACAUGAGCAGUCGGAUAUCAGAAUGGGGAAAUCCAUGCCUCGAGUUCUUCUACUCCUGUUUCUGUUGUCAGUCUUGACCAUGGUCUUCAUAACCAAAUGGGGCCUUGUCAUGGACGACAUUUCAACGACCGUUCCCCAGCACACUCGACACACCCGAGAAUUAUUCCAGGCUGCCAUCGAGGAAUCCGAGAAAAGGCACCAGACCAGGAUCGAGGAGCUUCAGAGGAAGAUCAAAGAUCUGGAAGAGAUACUGGAUUCUCAGAGACUGCAGAAUGAAAAUGCGACUGAACAAUGGAUCAACGAAUCCGAGAAUCAAGGCAACAAAGUUCAGAAGUACCUUAAUGAGAAACUCCAAGCAGCUGAAAUUCUUCAUGGAGUGGAAAUGAAAAAUGAAUAUGAACUGAUUGCAUUCAACAGAUUUACAUUGCAAAGAGUGUACCUAGUGGAUCCUGGGCUAGGAAAGCGAGUUGUGGAGAAACCCAUCGGUCCCAAGAAAAGGGAUCUUCUGGAAGUCAUCUCCUACGGUGUUACUGUUCUCAAUGAACACCGUAAAAAUUCAUCCAAGUUUUUCACCAUCGGGGAUUUCAUUGAAGGAAUAUUCAGAACAGACCCUGCUUCUGGGACACAUUAUGAACUUUAUUUCAGAAACUUGAACUCAAGAGAAUCAGGAAGAUACUCAAAAGUAGCCAUUCUUAAGCCUUUUGGGCCACUAAUGUCAGCCGUUAAUGCAACUGUUAGAACUGAAGAAACUUGGAUAAAUAUCAUACUUCCUUUAAAAGGGAGAUUAGAUUCUUUUGAGAUAUUUAUGAAAAAUUUUGUGGAUGUGUGUAUUUCUAUUGACAAGCACAUUUACUUAACUAUUGUGUACUUUGGUAAGGAAGGGUUGGACACAGUUAAAAAUGUAACAAGAAAUGUCAUUCAUACUCAUGGAUAUAAAUUUAUAAAAGUUAUCAACGUGAAGGAGGAAUUCUCUCGGGGAAGGGGACUCCAGAUCGGCACGGAACACUGGAAAGGAGAUGACAUGCUUGUGUUCAUGUGUGACGUAGACAUCAUAUUCAAUUCGGAAUUCUUAGAGAGGUGCCGGAUCAACACAGAAAAACAGAAGAAGGUCUACUAUCCUAUAGUGUUUAGUUUGUUUAAUCCCAAACUGGUUUACUCCCUAGUAAACAGAACAAUCCCAUCGGUCAAGCGGCAGCUGCUGAUCUCCAAGAACAGCGGAUUUUGGAGAGACUUCGGUUACGGAAUGACUUGUCAGUAUCUGUCUGACUUCAGGACAGUGAAGGGUUUCAGUGAGGGGAUUGUUGGGUGGGGUGGGGAGGAUGUUUUUCUAUAUAAAAAGUAUGUGCGCAGCAGCAUCAUUGUGAUCCGAGCCACAGACCCGGGGAUCUUCCAUCUGUGGCAUGACAAAGUUUGUCCCCUCACUCUGUCUGCAGAGCAGUAUAGGGGAUGUAUCAGAUCAAAGUCUCUCAGCGAGGCUUCACAUGCACAGCUUGGUGUGCUAGCCUUCAAAGAUGAAAUAGACAUCCAAAAACUCCAAAAGAAAAAUUAGUCAACAUCAACAUGUCUGCUGUGUCUCAUUUUCUGGUGUAAAUGUUAUUCUUUACAAGUGUGCCAAUUCUUUUCUGGCGAAUUUUCAUACAAUUUAGAAAUUUAAUCUUUUCUGUGGGGGCAGCUAUAAUGGGCAGGUAAUUGUUGUUGCUUUAUUUGCUAGAAUUCCAUAUCUUUGAUGUACAAUGUUUUGCAAUUUUUCACAUUUUGUGUAAUAUGUACCAGAUAUCUCAUGCAUCUGUUGAUGGAGUCUUGAAAUUAUAUACAAUCAGGUAACAAUUUUCCAGUCUAUGAUGUUAGCUACCAGUUCUAUUUUACAGUUUUAACUAAUAGACAUUUUUUUCAUAUGUUAUCAUUCUGGUUCUACUUUCAAGUUGAGAGUUUUACUCAAUUCAAAGAUUACUUCUAACCAAGUUCACUUUGUCAAAAAAGGCGAAAUACUGACAAAGUCAUUGAGUAGUAAAAUUGUAUGACAGCGUUAAAGCUAUAUGGUCUGUAUUUUUUUCCUCUGAUUAACUUCUAGAUAGAUUUCAUCCAAAAGGUAUGUCUAGUCAAGUCCUGAAGUUUUCUAUAACUGCAAAUGUGAACAUGUUUUUGUAUGAAAGGAAAAGAUCUAGAAAUGUCGAAGAAAGAAAGACAAGUGUUGUAGGAUAACAGAAUUAAAGAAAAGCAAGGAAAUGCAUACCCAUGUGAAGUAUGACUGUAAACAAAAGUAUGUGAUUGAAGUCGAGAUAGAGAAAACAUGUUCACAUUGGACUUCAAUGGUUUUUCAGGAUCUUAAAACAUUUUUGGCAAAUACAUGUACAACAUGUUAACCUAGUUAUCAUGUAUUUCGAACCACACACGUCAAACAAAAACUUCAAUUAAGAAAUGAAUAACAGCCACACGUAACACUUGACACUGUUUAUAAAUGUCAACAAUGGCCAUGGCUGUCCCCGUGAUUUCUCUCUAUUGAACUAUCCCACCUCUGUAGUGUUUAUAAAGAUAUCUAAUUGAAUAUUUUUGGAUAACUGGUCAAAUAAUUUAUAGACGUGCAAAUUAACUAAUUUAUUAUCCAUGUGAAUACAGCGAAUGAACCACCAGGGCCUAUGUAAAACAGUUCAUAAUAAUUGAACACCGUUGUGUCCAAUAUUCAUUAUUUUCCUCUUACAGAGGAAUGAAUAUCAUUUCGCAAUAAACAUGAAUUCGUUAUAAACCUAUUCAUUAUAAGUGUGUUUUACUGUAAUGUGUACAAUUCUUAUUAUGUUUAAAAUCUUUGUUAAACUUGCAUACAAAUAUAUGAAACACAAUGUCCUUGAAUGUGGCCACUAUUAAUUGUUGCAAAUUUGACCUUGAUGAAUGACCUUGACCUGUAGCAAAGACAUUAAUCUUUCUGUUCAUCAAAAAUAAAAUGUCUACAUGUACCUUGUAUAGUUAUGACCAAGGUUUAUUUAAGUUGUGAACAAAUGACAGACAGCAAGAACCACAAACUAUCCCCUCCCCUAAUCUUUUAGGUACAGACACCUCCCCUAAUCUUUUAGGCACAAAAAGGAGGGAGGGAAGCAUUGUCACAUUUGAGAACAAUUGAUGAUGGUGAGAAGAGAUUUCAUAGCUUGAAAGAUUUUCACCAUGUAUCCAACAGUGCUUCUGAUUUAAAGUUCAUGGGAAUAAUUUUUUAUUUUUCCUUUUUUAAACAGAAUGGUGUUCAAAAAUAUUAGCAUCAAAUUUUUCACUCUGUGAUACUUAAGAUGCAUACUUCAUGACUGCCAUGCAUCCAUGUUAACUGAUGGAACAUUCAUUUGUUGUUUAGUUUCUUCAUGAAACAUAUGCUAACUGUUCAGCUUUUUCACAAAACAUUUACUAACUGUUCAUUUUUUUUAAGAACUUGUGUAUAGCCCUGAUAAUCAGUACAUAAAUGUCCUAACAUAUCAGUAGCAUUCUUUACGAACAAUCAGGAACAAACGAUUCGUGUUUGAUUACUUUUGAUGUACAUCAUUAUACAGAUUUCUGUGAUUUUUUUUGUCUACUUUGUGUGGUAUAGUGUGGUUCAGUUGUCUAUAAUUGUUCUUCCUUAAUUUUAUACCUCCUUUCACUAUACACUGCCAUUUAAUAAACAAAACUGUGAUGACCCUUUACAAGAUUCUUGAUGAACUGACCAUUAAUAUUUUUUUCAUGGUCCUGAAUUCUGAAUUUGUUGAAAUUUAAGCUGACAGAAUGUGGCAUGGUAUGCUUGACAAGUAAUUGAUAUUUUUUCGUUGUUUUUGUUGUUGUUUUUUUUUGUUUGUUUGUAAGUUUCAUUGUAUGUUUAUGUUAUGACUGUGUUCAGAGAGAUAUGUUCUAGUCUUCUAGUUAGAUAUAUACAGUCCCUGGGGAUGUAAGGCAGCACUUGUUUACUAGGUGUUGUGGCAUGAUUAAAAUUUGACACUAUAAUAAUAAA